CCCACAUCCCCCGCGGCUCAACCCCCCUCCCCGGUAUGACAGAGCAGAAAGGCUGUGCCCCCCUCCCCGCGCCGCUCCCGUCUGCGGACACGCACCCCGGCUCUCCCAGAUUUCAGAGAGAAGAUGAAUUUAGCAGAGAUUUGCGAUAAUGCCAAAAAAGGAAGAGAAUAUGCACUCCUUGGGAAUUACGACUCUUCUAUGGUAUAUUACCAAGGUGUCAUCCAGCAAAUCCAAAGACAUUGCCAGUCAAUCAGAGAUCCAGCAAUUAAGGGCAAAUGGCAACAGGUCCGACAAGAAUUAGUUGAAGAAUAUGAACAAGUGAAGAGCAUUGUCAGCACUUUAGAGAGUUUUAAAAUGGACAGACCUGCAGAUAUCCCUGUAUCCUGUCAGGAUGAGCCUUUCAGAGAUCCUGCUGUUUGGCCCCCUCCUGUUCCAGCUGAACACAGGGCUCCACCUCAGAUAAAACGUCCCAGCCGAGAAGUAAAACCUUUGAGGAAAGAAUCACCAGGGCUGCAGCCCCGUGGGCCUGUGGGCAGAGUACACGCAUUGUCCAAGGGCGAGAAGUCUGCAGGCAGCCGUGAAAGGGAAUCUAGAGCUAGAGGAAGAGAUGACAAGGGAAAGAAAACACCCCAGGAAGGUGGUGAUGGGGAAAUUCCAAAAUUUGAUGGAGCGGGUUACGACAAAGUCUUGGUCGAAGCUCUUGAAAGGGACAUUGUAUCAAGGAAUCCAAGCAUUCAUUGGGAUGACAUAGCAGAUUUGGAAGAAGCCAAGAAAUUACUAAGAGAAGCUGUUGUUCUUCCAAUGUGGAUGCCUGAUUUUUUCAGAGGGAUCAGAAGACCUUGGAAGGGCGUGCUGAUGGUUGGUCCUCCUGGCACUGGCAAAACAAUGCUAGCGAAAGCUGUUGCUACAGAAUGUGGAACAACGUUCUUCAAUGUGUCUUCCUCUACCCUCACAUCUAAAUACAGGGGCGAGUCUGAGAAGCUGGUGCGCCUCUUGUUUGAAAUGGCAAGGUUUUACGCUCCAACAACAAUCUUCAUUGACGAGAUAGAUUCCAUGUGCAGCCGCAGAGGCACGUCGGACGAACACGAGGCGAGUCGCAGAGUCAAGUCAGAGCUGCUUGUGCAAAUGGAUGGGGUAGGUGGUGCUUUGGAAAAUGAUGACCCUUCCAAGAUGGUUAUGGUAUUAGCUGCUACAAAUUUUCCCUGGGAUAUCGAUGAAGCUCUGCGACGGAGACUGGAGAAGAGGAUUUAUAUACCUUUGCCCACAGCAAAAGGCAGAGCAGAACUACUUAAGAUUAAUCUUCGGGAAGUAGAACUGGAUCCUGAUAUCAGCCUUGAAGAAAUUGCAGAGAAGAUUGAAGGCUAUUCUGGUGCUGACAUCACUAAUGUUUGCAGGGAUGCCUCUUUAAUGGCAAUGAGACGACGUAUUAACGGCUUAACUCCAGAAGAGAUUCGUGCGCUUUCUAAAGAGGAGCUUCAGAUGCCAGUUACCAAAGGGGACUUUGAGCUGGCUCUGAAGAAAAUCUCCAAAUCUGUUUCUGCUGCAGACCUGGAGAAGUAUGAAAAAUGGAUGGCGGAGUUUGGGUCUGCUUAAUCUCAGCGACAGCUCCUUUGCUAGCGUUCUAUGGCUUUUGUUGUUUUCACUUGCAGAAUGAGUUAGAAAUCUUUUUAAAGGUUUAAGAAAAGGUCUGUCUGUGCUCCCAUCUCACUCUUUUCUGAUGACAAGAUCUUUUAAACUCCAAAAAAGCUAAUAUUGUAAAAGAUGUUUUAUCUCCAAAAUAGUAAAAUAAGGCAAACAGGAAGGGAAAGUCAUACUUGUGAGGAUAAUCUUUUUCCCAUGAAGAGCAGUGUUACUCAACUCCUGCUGCAAUCAAUAAAUCAGCUGGAGGAUGUGACUCCAGAGGAGUUAACAAGGGUUUGCUGUAUCCCCUUCUCCUAAGUGCUACUCUUCUGUUGAGCUCCUGACUCUGCCUCUCUUGAAUGUGUCAUCGAAGUUACUGUUAGCUCUCUCUCUGCUGGGAUACUCGGAGCAAAGCCUGUGGGUCGGUUGGCAUUGCACAGAAGAAAUGAGGAUCAGUUUUCCAUCAAGACAUGGGCUUGGCUGUCCUCUUACAUACAUCCAUUUGGAACUGAUGCCUCUUCAGACUGUACUGAUGUUACUUGUGAUGACUUCUGAUGGAAAUAAGAGGAAGAGAAAAGGGCCUUGCUUGCUUUCAGUCCACAUUUAUGCUUGAUUUCUGAAUAUGAUUUGUACCAGUUUGACCAGCAGGCACUCUGACUUAAGUUGCAUCUUGCACUUUUUUGCUUAUGUACCAUCCUGUACUUUGUCUGGAUAGCAUUAGUUAGCAACCAAGAGCUUAGUACAGGAGAGACACUAAUGUGAAGGCUGCCUUUGAAACAUAAGGCUGUCCAUAAGACAUGUGGUUGUGGACUUCCGCUUCCUCUGAUUACACAUGAACUGUUUCCUAGCUUUACUAGGCAAUGGAAUUUGCACCUGUUUGUGUUACAGAACUGUUCAUGCUUAAUUUUUUUUAUGAAGAUUUUUUUUUUAAAUGUAUAAAUGUUACUGAUUUAGGGGAGAAUAAUCUGUACAAUCUCUCUUACUUGUUUCUUCCCUUCCCACAUACAAGUGUAGGGAUGAGAAGGGUUGGGUUAGAAACUAGCAGGAGAAAUCCUCUCUUUAGAGUAUAACUGUCACACUGACUUUCCAGCUUUUCACAGACUCGGGCUGUGAGUCUGACAUAUGAAGGUUUCCCAUGGUAGGAAUGAGAAGAGGUCAAAUUUACAGAGGAAUGUGUGAGCUCUCAAAUUUGUGGUGAUUUUUUUUGACGUGAGCCUGAAGUAUCUUGGUGGAUGUGAGCUGCUGUGCAGUUCGGUAGAUAUUCUGCUCUUCGGCUCUCUGCUGAGGUUCCUAGUGGUGUAGCCAGAUGUGGCAGACUGCUGGAGUAGGAAACAUGUAACACCUCUCCUUGAAUGGGAACAUGUCCUUAUUUGCUCCUUUUUACUAGUACUUGGAAGUUCCCAAUAAUGUCAAUAAUGCCUCACAUUGGUCUCUUGGACCAUGAUAUGUGAACCACUAAGGCAAGUGCUGCUCAAGCAUGUUUAACUGUUCAGUAGCAAGGACUGUCAGAGUGCAUGCAUGGCAGCUCUGCAGCAUCUGUCUGAUCACAGGAGUGACUUUCAUUGCUGCUUUCUCUGACAGUAUUCCCUUUUUUAUUUGUAUGUGAAGACCGCAUCUGAGAUUGAUCCUGUCAUUAUAAAGGGCUGUCC